UCGUUACUGGUAGUUCUCCGAAACAUCUCUAUCUCUUCAUCUUUUGCCGGAAUUUACGGUUGCAGUCUGGUUGCUAUGAUACUUCCCUCGAUGGGUUUGACUGCGCUGUCGCUCGCAAUCGGAGUGCAGGCGCAGCCACGGAGUGUCACUAAUACCCUGAUUGAUGGCUGUUCGACGCUUCCCGGGUGGAAUAAUGAGACGAAUAUUGCUGGGCCCUGGUCAUUUCAGCUCACAGGAUGUCGGAACGGGACGGCAUCUGACGGAGCCUGUAGCAUUGACGGCUACUGGGCCACAUGCGACGUGAAACGGUCGUCAGAGCACAAAGGAAUAGAAAGAGGAUCUAUUACCAUCGGGGACAGUCCGCAAAGUGCGAAGACCAUAUUCCGCUGCAACGGCGCCCUGCACACAUUGGAAGCCUUCGUCCCCUCUGGUGCAGGCGUAGGCGCAUUUGACUGGCAUGCGAUUGGCAUUCGCCGAAACUCCAUGACGGGCGAGAUGGAAUGGGGACUGGGCUCCAAAGAAUCCGAGUCAGUCGAGGUAUAUCCGCAAUACGACAGACGUGAACUGGUCGAAGAAUUUCUGUUGGGAUCUCAGGGCCAGACUAACUGGGUAGUUCGUCAUUCUGGUUCGGACGUGAACAGCCUCGACCAUAAACCGUUCUGGUCCCUGCGCCUGGUGGGAUUAGACACGAAAAGACGGACUGGAGAGUAUGGAACUCAAAUUCGAAUCGAUAGUACGUGA